AUGUCAUCCGAUGACAAAUCCCAGCUACCCGGCCUGCCGGGCUACGACAAGGACAACUUGCAGCCAUGGCUCGUUGCCGUGACUGUCUCGAUGACGGUGUUGGCGCUGGCUGCCGUAGGACUCCGUCUGUUGAGUCGGCGCAUGAAACGUCAGAGCCUGUGGCUGGAUGACAAAAUGAUCAUCUUCUCCAUGGUCUGGAACCUGGCUGUUAUUGGCUUCAUCUUUGCAAUGUACUCCUCCGGCAUGGGCAUCCACGCAGACAAGGUUGAAACCAGCAGCAUCAUCAUGAUGGCGAAAUGGCUCGUCGUUGCCGAGAUUCUCUACGCGUGGAACCUGGGAUGGACAAAGAUCAGUCUUUUGCUCAUGUACUACCGCAUCUUCCGCCACGCUUACUUCAAGAAGAUGGCUUGGGUGGUGGGUAUCUUUGUCUGGGCGUGGGUGAUUUGCAUCACGUUCCUCUUCAUCUUCAUCUGCGUCCCAGUUCAGAAGUUGUGGUAUCCGCAGAUUCCCGGCAGAUGCAUCAACCAAGUCGGCACCUGGAUCUCCAACGCGUUGUCGACCAUUCUAACGGACCUCAUCAUUUUGCUUCUGCCCCUUCCACAGAUCUGGAAGCUCCAGCUGAGAAAAACGGAAAAGAUGGGCCUUACCCUGGCGUUUAGCCUGGGCUUCUUUGUCGUGUUUGCGUCGGCAUACCGAACCAGCGUGCUGUUCACGUACACCAACACUGACCCAACAUAUACACUGGCCCCAACCGUGGGCUGGACCGUCAUUGAAAUGUCGGCAGGCAUCAUAUCGGCCUGCUUGCCCACCUUCCUCCCCAUCGUCCUUUGCUGCGCACGAGCAUGCGGACUGGGACGGGCGCCAAGCAUGCCCAUUCAAGACUCAAAUGCACCGCCCACUUUUGGCGGCUCCGGAAAUAAAGGCAACAAAAACGGCGUCAUAUCGUUCAACAGCUUUGCCUCUCGGACGGAAGACCACGACUCGGAAAAGGCCACCGACGGCCCGUUUUACCGUCUGCAGGACAUUCGUGAAACGGAGAGCGUGGCAUCGCGACCUGUGGGAUCGGAAGCGGAAACACACACGGGACCCCUGGAGCAGCCCCCCUUGCGGCCAGACGUGGAAGGGUAUGUCCGGAGCGUGCAUACAUACACGGUCAAGGGAAAUGAGAGCAGCGAAGACGAUAUACCGUUGCAGGGCAUCAGAGUCCAGAAGGAUUUCCAAACGGGAACCUUGAGACAAGGGUAA